AUGUCGAAGAGAGAAAACAAGGCCCUUUACUUCCAAAAGCUUACCAACUAUUUGGAUACCUACCAAUCCAUCUUCAUUGUCAACGUUGACAAUGUCAGUUCUAACCAAAUGCAUCAAAUCCGUUUCUCCCUCCGUGGUGAAGCUGUUGUUCUUAUGGGUAAGAACACCAUGGUCCGUCGUGCCUUGAAGGGUAUGAUCAACGAGCGUCCCGAACUCGAGAAGCUUCUUAACUUUGUUAAGGGUAACAUUGGUUUCGUUUUCACCAACGGUGACCUCAAGGAUAUCCGUGAAAAGAUUGUCUCCAACCGUGUUGCUGCUCCUGCUCGUGCUGGUGCCGUUGCUCCCGCUGAUGUUAUCGUUCCCGGUGGUAACACUGGUAUGGAACCAGGAAAGACCUCUUUCUUCCAAGCUCUCGGUAUCCCCACCAAGAUUGCUCGUGGUACCAUUGAAAUUGUUUCUGAUGUCAAGCUCGUCCAAUCUGGUUCCAAGGUUGGUCCUUCCGAGGCUGUUCUCUUGAACAUGUUGAACAUCUCUCCCUUCACCUACGGUAUGGGUGUUGUCCAAGUUUACGAUGCUGGAUCUCUCUUCUCUGCUGAUGUCCUUGAUGUCGAAGAGUCUCAAUUGGUUGCCAACUUGUUGGCUGCUAUCCGUGAGAUUGCCUCUAUCUCUCUUGCUGUUGGUUAUCCUACUUUGGCUUCCGUUCCUCACUCCGUUAUCAACGGUUACAAGAACUUGUUGGCUGUCUCUGUCGCUUCCGACUACACCUUCCCCGGUUCUGAGCAAAUCAAGGAAUUCAUCGCUAACCCCGAAGCUUUCGCUGUUGCUGCCCCCGUUGCUGCUGAGACCUCUUCUGCUCCCGCUGCUGAGGCCGCUGCUGAGGAAUCUGAGGAGGAGGAUGAUGAUAUGGGUUUCGGUCUCUUCGAUUAA